AUGUCAUACAGAAAGGUGCUGGAAAAAAUAAAAGUCCAGUCAACCACUAGUCUUGGUCAUGAAGAUGCCUGGUGUGUUUUUGUACUGGAUAGUGGGAAUAAGGUAUGGCUGACAGAGAAAUCAACAAAGUGCCAAGCAGGAUGGUCAAGUGAAUUGAAAUGGGCAUGUGUGUUCUGUGGCAGCAUGUCUGAGGAAGGUUUAGACUUCACCAAAAUGGUGAAGGUAGAGUUUCAGAAGCAAGUGCAAACUAGGAAAAUCGCCAAAAUGCCUACGGACAAAAGCUUAAACAAAUGGACACAUUUAAAAAUUGCUAAGAUGCAUACAGGUCUGAUGAAUUUACCAAACUGCAAAGGCUGCUCCAAGAUACAAAACAUGUCAAAAGCCAAUGCAGUUCCCAUUUGCUUUGGGAUGAUUGACGAAGCACAUAUGACAAAAUGUGGACACAGUUUUUGCCACAGAUGUAUAAAGCAGAGUUUAGACCAGUCCAAUCGCUGCCCAAAGUGUAACUUUGUGAUGGACACACCAGAUCAAAUUUUUCCAAAUUUCCUCUUAAAUGAAUUGAUUUUAAAACACAGACAAAAGAUAGAGAAGAAACCCAAGUUAGAACAACAGAAUGGGCAUAUCACCCCAGUAGCUGUCCAGGACCUUUUACUUGACCAGGACAGUCUGGAUCUGGCCAAUGUCAACUUUAUGCUGGAGCUACUGACACAGAAGAAACAGAGACUAGAAUCCGAUUCCAAAAUAGCUCAAAACCAGAUUCUUAAAGAUUUUCUCCAACAGCUGAGACAGAGAAAACAAGAGCAAUUAGACAGAUUAACAAGAGAAGUACAUAUCAUUGAUGAAGAUUAUAGCAGGGUCGAGACAGCACUGAAAGAAUAUAAAAAGAAAUAUCCUUUUACUCCAUUAUCUCCUGAAUCCUCCACAUUAGUAAAUGGGCUUGAUCAACCUCUGAGUGCAGAGCCCCACUGCAGUAGUACUAGUAGUAGUAGCAGUGUUAGUGUUGGGAGCAGUAGCCAGGAAGGAUUCAAUGGGAGCAGACAUGAUGGUGGGAAACAGUGGCUGCAGACCACUAUGGCUUCCAGGAGGAAAAAAGUCAGCCAACAUUUUGAUGAUCUGCAACAAUGUUAUUUCUCAACUAGGUUAAAAGAAUAUGGAUCUGGGGAGACAUGUAGUACCUCUUCAGAUGGACUGGAAGAUUUUAGUGAUAGCCUUUCCAAAUUUACCCAGUUCAGCUCAUUUCGUCCAUUAGCUACUCUUAGUUAUGCCAGUGACAUAUAUAAUGGCUCAAGUAUAGUAUCAAGUAUUGAAUUUGAUCGUGACUGUGAUUAUUUUGCUAUUGCUGGAGUCACCAAGAAAAUAAAGGUGUUUGAAUACAACAUGGUGAUCAGUGAUGCAGUGGAUAUGCAUUACCCUGUGACAGAGAUGGUGUGCAAUUCAAAAAUAAGCUGUGUAACAUGGAGUGCAUACCACAAGGGAACAAUGGCCAGUUCUGAUUACGAGGGGACAAUUACAAUCUGGGAUGCAUUUAGUGGGGUGAAGCACAGGAUGUUUCAGGAACAUGAGAAAAGGUGCUGGAGUGUGGAUUUCAACAGAAUGGAUCCUAAACUUAUAGCUUCAGGUUCAGAUGAUGCCAAAGUGAAGUUGUGGUCAACUGACGUGGAACAUUCUGUGGCCAGUAUAGAGGCCAAGGCCAAUGUGUGCUGUGUCAAGUUUAACCCCGAAAGCAGAUAUCACUUAGCUUUUGGUUCUGCAGACCAUUGUGUACAUUACUACGACCUUCGCAACACUAAGGUGCCACUCAUGACCUUCAAAGGCCAUCGGAAAGCUGUGUCAUAUGUGAAAUUUGUCAACUCUUCAGACUUGGUUUCGGCGUCCACAGAUAGUCAGUUAAAGCUGUGGAAUGUGAACAAACCUCAGUGUGUGAGGACAUUCAGAGGUCAUGUCAAUGAGAAGAACUUUGUUGGGUUAGCCACAGAUGGGGAUUACAUUGCCUGUGGGAGUGAAAAUAAUUCUUUGUGUGUUUACUUCCGGGGACUUUCCAAACAGUUGGUCACCUACAAAUUUGACACAGUAAGAAGUGUAUUGGAGAAGGACAGGAAAGAAGAAGAUACUAAUGAGUUUGUCAGUGCGGUCAGCUGGAGGCCAGGAUCAAAUGUUGUGGUUGCUGCAAACAGUCAAGGAACAAUCAAGAUUUUAGAACUUGUAUGAAAUUGUGGUCAAAAAAGCAGUGAGUCGAGCAUUUUAGGGAGUUCUAGAUGGAAUACUGUGGUCUCAGGAGAGGUGGCACGUUGAACAGUUUGGACUGAUCUCAUGUGGAAUGUGAGGCAGUAUGUUUUAACAGUGGAAAGACAGGUCAGCACAGUGGCCAGCACCCUGGUCAGCAUCUUUCUAGUUUAAGAUGUUUGCAGCUAAGCUUGAUGAAGUUGCUGGAUGAUAGAUUGAA